UGCGGCUGCAGCCCAAGGCCUGUUACUGCUGAGGACGAACAUGGAAGCUCCCCUGCCCUCCGUACUUCUGAGACCGUCCUUCGUCUCCUUCCCAUCGGCCUCUCUGUUGCAGCCCUUGUCCUCAUGCUUAACAACUCCCAAGCCAACGAAUAUGGCUCUCUUGCUUACACUGACCUUGGCGCCUUCAGGUACUUGGUGCAUGCCAAUGGUAUCUGUGCCGGUUACUCUCUUUCAGCAGCCAUCGUUGCUAUGCGUCGCCCUCCCACCAAGUCUCGAGCUUGGACUUUCUUCUUGCUUGACCAGGUGCUUACUUACAUAAUUCUGGGCGCUGGGUCGGUGUCAAUGGAGGCUCUAUACCUGGCGGAGAAGGGAAACGCCUCCACAAUGUGGAGCUCGGCUUGUGGGUACUUUGGGCGGUUUUGUCACAAGGCCACGGCCUCCGUCGCUAUCACCUUCCUAGCUGUGGUUUGCUAUGUGUUGCUUUCACUCAUCUCCUCCUACAAGCUCUUCAGCAAGUUUGAUCCUCCCGCAACCAACCCUACUGCCGCCUCCGCCGCCACCAAAGCCAUUGACAUCCCUGCAUUCCAUGGCUGACACAGCACUUCCGUAGCAAUCUGUGCUCGAAAUUCUGAAGUGUCCCUUGCUGCUGAAUUUUAGUAUAUAUCAAGACUUGUGUUUGUAACGAACAGAUAUCCCACUUCAGUACAAUAUAAGCUAUUUUUAAAUACCUUGCUUCUGGUCCCCAAAAAAGAAAUAUAAAGAUUUAGACAAGAAAAUACCUUGCUUA